CUCGCUUUUUCAACGAAACCUAGUGGGUUAUGGGUUAUGGGUUAUCGAUGGUACUAAUUCCGAAUAUGAAUAUGAGAGCUGCUCUUAGGGCUUCAAAGACCCGGUUUUCUGGAAAAUCAGUUUGUCAGAAACUAUGAAAAACAACCAAAGCUUUUCUUAAUAAGCCAUGCUUGUAGCCCGCACAUUUCUGAUUAAAAUGAGACCUCUCCCAAAUCUACAUGACUUUCUUUGCAAAGUUAUAGAAUUUACAAGAAAAGCCCUAAAUAUUCAUUGUCAACUCAAAGCUCUCAAUAGUCAACAACACUGUUGGACGUACUCAAGCCUAUACAUCAUUAACAAGCAAAAAUCCAAAAGGUUUAAAUACGAGGCAAGCUUCAACUCCAUUGAAAGAUAGAACAUACACUCAGUAUAUUCCUAUUGGAACAAACAGAUUUUAUUUCAGUUUGUUUGGUAUGGAACCUGUUAAUCAAUAUCAUUUUGUAGCACAGCUAAGAUUUUUAUAAGUCUAAAAUUCUUUAAUUGUGUACAAUAAAAUAUAAUUACUGUAUAAAUAAACUAUUUUACACUGAUACUGUUAGAAGUGCAAUCCUUUUUCCACGAUGGAUUUUUCUCCUUUAUUUAAGAUAUAUCUUUAUUUUUCUGUAAGAAUAAAAGUUUUCAUAAAAAACUUGAAAUAGUACCAUAUAGAAAUGAAACUUUUUGAAUAAGGAAACCGCAGGGUAAGAAAAAAGUGUCCCUCAUUUGCUGCGUUCAUACUAAAAGAAAGUAGUACUCUUUCUUUUAUUAGUAGUCUCGAAAAAGAUUUGCUGUUUCCGAUUUCAUGUAUGCUUCCGUAUCUCUUCGGUCAGUACACGACCCGGCUAUAUAGUUUUCUCUCAUAAAAACAGCGAUAUUAACGGGUGGCGCAGAAGGUCCAAUCAUCACCAAAGACUUUAUUCCCGUAUUUCAGAGCUACGGGCAAGACAUCUUUGAUGUAUCGUUCAUGAUUCACGGUUUCUUGAUCCAUGAUAACCAACGGUAUAACGCCUUUCGAACAUGCUCCCAACCACAUCAUUACUUUUUGAGGAAACUUGCGUUUUUGUUUCACGCCACCCUUCUUAUCAGCUUGGGCACGAUCCACUGCCCAUACUCUGUUAUUUUGAGCGUUGUGCAUUCCGUGCAAGUCGAACACUUUCUCGUCCGGAACCAAGACUUUCAAAGUUUGUCCUUUGUGGAAAUUCAUUCGCAAGGUGUUUUCUUUUGGCCUUUUGAGUGUCAGUGAUUAACGAUUCAAUUCGUUUCUUGUACGCCCGACAUCCGAGAUCAUUUCUGAGCGCUCUCUGUAUACUUCUUCUGAAAAACUGUGGGAUUCAUACUCCUAAUAGUUAAUUUUUAUUGUAUAAUUAUUUUAUUAUAUUAUAAAAAGAAAUAUAAAUUAUUUUAUUUUAUUUUGGUUAAUAGCAUGCCAGCAUCCGCGGUUAUACGAAUAAUAUUAUUAAUUUAUAUGUUUAUGUUUAUUAUUAAAUUUUAGGUGAAAUUUAGUUUUGUUAAUUAUAUAUUAUCAAAUGAACAGGAUUAAAGACCCUGUUAAUUAAAUGAGUAGGAGUGAUUAAAAAUUUAUGUAAUCGGCGGAUUAAAAGAAAUACCGAAACUUGUAUCUUAAUUAGAUUUUCCACUAAUUUUAUAACUGAAAAUGUUUAAUUUUAUAUGUUUGAUGCGUAAAAGUUGAAUUACUAUGAUUCAGAUACACAUAAAUUAUUUUUCAGGGUGUAUGAGCUGCAGUUUUUAUAUUACUAACUUUAAAGAAAGAUUAAUUUAUUAGUAAAUAUAGCUAUUUGAAUUAUUUUUUAAAAGUACAUAUCGCCCGUCAGCUUUAUUAUAAAGUAAGUCGUAACAUAGCGUAUAAACUAGAAAGUUUAUAUGGAUGAUAUUUUAAGAUAAUUUAAAUUUUCAAGAUGCUUUCAAUAUGACUUUAGAGCAAAUUAUUUAUUUUCAUGAUUAUUUAAUCAUAAUUGUAGUUAUAAUUUUAGUUGUAGUAGAUUAUUUAUUAGUUUAUCCUCGUUUUAGAAAGGAGUAUUCUUCUAAUAUUGUUGCUAAUCAUUUAAUUGAAAGGAUUUGAACUAUUUUACCAAUUGUGGUUUUAAUUUCACUAGUUUAUCCAUUUAUUUAUUUAUUAUAUUUGAUUGAUGAGAAUAGAACUAAUUUUCUUUGUACUUUAAAAGUUAUUGGUCAUCAUUGGUAUUGGAGAUAUGAAAUUGAUAGGAAUGUGAAAUUUGAGUAUGAUUCUUAUAUUGAUUCUGAUAGAGUAGUUCGUUUAUUAGAUGUUGAUAAUCGAGUUUUAUUACCAUUUCAAGAAUUUAUUCGUGCUUUAAUUACAUCUAAUGAUGUUUUACAUUCUUGGGCAUUACCUUCUUUAGGUGUUAAGAUGGAUGCAGUUCCAGGACGUUUAAAUCAAUUUAUUUUUAGCAUUUUAUUAAAUUCAGUUAUUCAUGAGCAAUAUUCUGAGAUCUGCGGGGUUAAUCAUUCUUUUAUGCCUAUUGUAGUUGAGGCUGUUUCUUUGUUAGAUUUUAGUAGUUAUUAA